AUGGCUCGACUGUUCGGGUUUUGCCUCAUCACGUGCCUGAUUUGCGUGGCGAAUGGAAGCGACGCACUUCAGCUCCGCCUUCCGCGAAAUGGGUUGACUGUCGAACAAAGCUUUGCGUCCGAAGACAUAGAAGUCGUGGGAGGACGGGUCUCCACCCUUCAAGCUGAGUUGGACGCAUUCUGCAAUAAUCGGUACAACCAACUUUGCCACGGCGGCAGACCGGAUUUCUGCGAUAAGAUUGCCGUCGCACGUUACGGCACGGGCCUUCAAAGCCAGCAGACUGCUGAGUGGAGAUGCUACGCCGUUGACGUCUUGAAGCCCACAGACCGCAAGGUGCAGUGUGUCGAUGACUGCGGCAACUAUUUCCCGUGUCUAGGCGUUGUCGAACCCAACAAAACUUUCCACGCAACUGCACACGCACAGAUUUUGCAGUUCAUCGAGGCAGGGGUCGAAAAGCACUGCAGUCCAUUUCAAGACGCUGGUGACAAGUACUGUCAGGGUGUGUUUGCAAACUCUGUCGCCCGCAAAGACGCUGGCACCUCUUCUCAGCAAGAGAAAAAGUGGCGGUGCUACCAGAAGGAUAGCCUCACUUACGAGGCCAGAUCCAUUUGCAUGGACAACUGCGGGGGCGAACGCGAAUGCGCCGGAGGCCGGUCAGUAAACCCCCCGGUUUGCGCCGACACCGACAGCCUUCUGCGAAGCACUAAGCGCAGCAAAGCGCAGAGAUUCAUCGACGACGCGUGUCAGCAAGAGUUUGAUCGCCUCUGCAAGCGAGACAAAAAGUUCUGCAAGACCGUAGUAGCCCGAAAGGAUCGAGGCCGUGCAGGUAGCCAAGAUACGGCAGAGUGGCGCUGUUACGCAUUGGAAGAGUUGAACUUCCAAAGCAAAGGCUCGGCGUGCAUUGACGAGUGCGGCAACGAGCUCCCGUGCCAAGGCGGCGUUCCAGAAGCAUCUACGCACCACGUGACAUGGCAGGACUUGCCGUCGAAGGUUAAAGAGGCUCAGGAGAAGUUCUGCUCUGCCCGCCAAAAAGCUGCCAAUGAUUACUGCGAAUCAGAAUUCCCAGACAGUCUGGCGCGAUACGGAAGCGGCGCGGGAGAUCACACGAGUCAAUAUCGGUGUGUGAAAAAGGACGCGCUGCGUGCGGAUGCCGAGGCGAAGUGCGCAGAUUCCUGCAAGGGAACGGAAACGUGUGGAGGAGGUCGAAGCAGAGUUGAUGGACCACUCUCAAUUGAUGAGGUUAUGAAUGCCCACGAGGGUAUUACAAAGGCCAUGGAAAACGCUUCAACAGAGUGCUAG